UCUUGUUAACCCUGUGGCGGUUAUUCACUGACUGUAGUAGUAUAGGCUUGAUCCUUCUACUUAUUAUACUACUACAAACUUAGCAAAUAUUUUCGCAGAUAUACUAAUGCACUUUAUCAUUUUGCAGGUAUUGCUUUGCUUCCUCAGUGGCUUCAUCCUGACGGUGGUGUUUGGGUCGUCAUGGUGGUUGGUUGGGAGAACUGAGACUACGAUGAUUGUGGGUCCCCUGCGGCCACCCAUCACUGGCACCCUGGGCAUGUUAGCGGGCCUCUCGCACGUCAAUCUCACAUACAUCACGGAUAAUUUUACUCUGAACGAGAGGGUUACUUGGACCACUCGGCCGGACCUAGUGCAAGCUCACAGGACAGCACUGAGGGAGGGCUGGCCUUGGGGACUGCUGAGCUUAACGGCUGAGUUGGGUGGCGAGGGCAUGGCCUGGCGUGGUACUCUAGGUGAUGGUCUUAAAGAAGCAGGGUUAAUAUCUUCCUGUUUACUGCUGGCCGCCAUGUAUGUGUGGGCGGUGUGGGUGAUACUGUUCAUCAUAGCUCCAGAGAUGACUGCCUGUCCACUCAUGCUCACAGGGAUGCUUAUGGCUUUCUCCUCUCUCACGUACGUCAUCUGCGUCAGGUCACACAUCCCAUCCAAGUUGAUGGUGGGUGGAAAAGAAAUGGAGCUGCAUUUUGGAUUAUCUUGGUGGCUGACGGCGAUCAUGGGUCUUGUGCUCACGGUUGUUGGCUGUGGUCUCUUUCUUUACGACGCUAAGUACCCUGGCUACCUCUCCAUGCACUUCGAGAUAGAUUUCGGUAGAGAGAGUUCCCGGUCGUUUCCCCAGAAUUGGCGCAGAAGUCAACCUUUGCUUGCCUACAGUUGUGAAGAAGAGAUCUUCAACCAGACAUAUCCUCGCUGUCGUGCAUAUGGCAACCAUCAGAACAGUGUUCCCACACAUGACAAGUACAAGAACGAAAACAUCGAAGGCAAAUCUUUCUACCAACACACACAAAAUGAGAUAACAUUACCUCACGAGAGUACCAGUUGCACUGACAGCAGCCAAACUGAGUCCACACCAAAAAUCAAAUAUAUUUUGGAAAAUGAGACUAGGGUCCUUCCUGAACCUUUGCCAGUCUUGAUAAGAUCAAGUACCCUUGCCCAGCACCAGGAACACACAACUCUUACAUCCAACCCAGACACACUUCGUCGACGGUCUCCUGAGUCUACUGAACAGCAUAUGCUACCAUCACAACCGGCUACGCCUCUCGGAGUGUCUUGCAACCCUGGGACACUUCCACAACCCUCCACUGCCCCGCCCUCCACUUGUCUCGGGUCUUACAACCCCAGCACGUCACAUCGCACCCAUGGCACGUCCGCAUCCCCAAGACCCACUUUCUUGAUUCGGUCUUUCAGGAAAUCUGCCAAGAAAUUAGUAUCCAGAGAUAACUCCAAACUUUUCCAGAAAGCUUCCACUAGGGUUACUGUAAUUCCUAAUAAGAAACCCAAACGUUCUCUUUCCAAGAUGUUUUAUGAACAUGAUGUGGAAGGUAACUUGCAGAUUAACUCUACCAGUGAUAACUUACAGCUGAGUACCUUAUUCUGAACUUUAAGAUUUUUUCAUGGUCUUGGUGGUUAAUUCUACUCUUUAACUUCAUUUUUUUCUAAAGGACAACACAGUUAGAGAAACAAACACGCGCACUCCCUAUUAAAUUAUUUUUGUUAUUAAAAAGAAGUUUCUACACUAAGUCCCAAGUGAAAGAUGCUUUCCUGUCAACCUGCUCUUUCUUCCUCAUCUCAGUGAGCUUUGCAACAUUCUUACCUGUGUUCUCGACGCUGCUCCCCUUAAUUCGCAUCUGAAUUCUACAUUGUAGAACAAAGUACAGUCUUUUCUCUAACAAUCCUUGAUCCAAAUUCUCCUUUACUGAGAGUUACUGAUCCUCAGUCUCCCAACAUCAACUUGAAUUUCUAUGUUUUGGUCUGUCUUUGUUGUACUUCUUCUGGUCCUCAUGUGACCUGAUUAAUUCUCGUGACUCCUUUCACUAGCUUCGCUCUUAUAAUGUCCCUGACAUCUGGUGACUGAAAUGGGUUUAAAAAAUGAGGACACCGUCAUGUCCCUGCAUAGAUUUUUUCCUCCUUUCCAUCACUGAUUAUAUAUCUCUUACCAUACAGGAAAAACAUCAUAGCUGGUACAAACUGACACUGAUAAACAUCGCAAUUAAUACAAAAAUAGAACAUAAAAUAUGGGAAAUGGGAAGUAUACGCCAUGUACCCACUAACCCCUACCUUCGUUCCCACGAACCACUACCUUCAUUCUCACGAACCCCCCACACCUUCAUUCCCGUCUCUACUAACAUGGCUUUCCACUCGUGGUGCUUGUCACCUGGUGAGUCACACACUUCCCACUAAGUCUCAUGAUCCCAUCAAAGGAAGAUUAAACUCCGCACUCUUUAAUCUCUGGAUCUGAUAUUGUAAAGUUUCUGUAUUUCUCUAUUUCUCUGGUCUUCCUAAAACUCAAACCUGGCGUUCCUCUAAUUUUCAUCAUUUUCUCACGUCCCUCCCUCUCUCCUCAUUCUCUUCCCUUCUGGCUGGCUUAGUGUCUCUUCUUGUCUCUCUCAUGCUCUCCUUCGCUCUCAAAGCUUCAACUGACCGUAUAUGGCCACAUCAAACUUGCAAGAUGCUAAGACGUCGAGUCUUUAUUCGCAUUUCUCUUCAUCUCGGCUGUCUCAGGGUGAUGGAAAACGAAAGGUUAUUUCAUUUCUAUCUCUUUAGUACUGUUUUUCUUAUUCUUCGUUUUUGUGUAGAUUCAUUUUUUUUCCUUCUAAGGUAGCCGCUGUUCUCAAAUCCUUGGUAUUAUGGGCUCUCACUGCCUUUUUCUUGCCGCGUUCUUCGAAUUAUUGUUCUUACUAUCGAGUCGCUGUAUAGCCCUUGUGGUUUAGCGCUUUUUUUUUUGAGUUAUAUCCUCUCUAGCUUCUCUGUGUAGAUGUCUUUGCUCUCUUAUGCCCUCAGUCUUGUUCCAUCUGUCAAGUUCUGAAAUGAGCAUGACUCGUUGCUUCAUUUCCUUGAUGUUUGUCUACUGCUCUGUGACGUUUGUCUAGGGGAAACCCCUGUACAGUUACCUUCACAUUCUGUACUUUUCUUACCAUGCUGCUACUGUCAAGUAAAGUGUUCUUAUUUCUAUCUCAUCUAUGACUUGCAGAUUCUGGACUUUGAUGAGAAUUCUAUUCUUCAUUAAUUCUUUCGCCUUGGCUAUCUUCCCAUUUUUUUAAACUCUGCCUACUCGUAGGCUAAAUGAGGUUUGGUCUUUACUAACACACUUCUCAUGGAAAAGCUUCUGUAAUUUGCCUUUACUAUCUGUUCAGUCUACCAAACAUUAACAACUCCGUCCUCUAGAUAUCAAACUUGUAUUUCUCUUAAUUAAUAAACUUUGUAGUAAUACAGUUCAGACUUGAUACUUCCGAGGUGCACUGCAUCUCUUCCUCUUCCUUCUCUCUUCAUUGUUUUGGCAACAAUGAACGUCUUUUGAUAUUUCACGAAAAAGUAUCUGCAAAAAAGAGAAAAAUCAGAUUUUUCACUUUGGUGACACUAACAAUGCUAUUUUCUGCAGUGUGAGAAGUCAUAGCCAUCAUAUAAAUUGGUCCUAUGCUAACACACUAUUCUUCGUCUUGCCUUCAUAGAUGUAGUCUUUUAAAUCAGCCCUUGUAUAGCAUGUUAGUCCUCUUCAAGGGGGGCUCCUUGGCGUGGUGAAGAGGCUCUUGGUCUGAGGAAUUAGACCUGUUGGUCUCCUUCCUCAGACCGAACCUAAUUACCCCCCAAUCCCCCGUUCCCUAUCCCAUCCUCCCCAUCCUUCCCUUUUUCCUUUCCUCCUCCUCCUCCCCACCCCUC